CCUCCACGUCCGGAUCCCCGGCCCUCUGCGCCCGGAUUCCGGGUCCUCCGCGCCCGGACUCCCGGUCCUCCGCGGCCCGAUCCCCGGCCCUCGGCGCCCCGAUCCCCGGCCCUCGGCGCCCCGAUCCCCGGCCCUCGGCGCCCGGAUCCUCGGCCCUCGGCGCCCCGAUCUCCGACCCUCCGAUCCCCGGCCCUCGGCGCCCCGAUCCUCGGCCCUCGGCGCCCCGAUCCCCGACCCUCUGAUCCCCGGCCCUCCGAUCCCCGGCCCUCCGCGCCCCUUCCACGCCCUUGGCGCCCGGACCCCCACCGCGCGCGGGGACUCGGCUCUCUACAACCCCGCCCGACUCCUCCCCACCCCAUACUCAGUGCCCGGGUCCUCGGCCUUCCGCACUGCCCCCGCCCCCCGCCCCAGCUCUCCACGCCUCGCCCCGCCUGGCCCUUCCUCACCCCCACCCGGGCUCUCGGCGCCGCGGCCCUCCGCACGGUCGCCCCAGUCCCACCCCGCGCAGCCCCUCCGCGCGCCGGCCGGCGUGCGCGGUGACCCUGCGGCCGCCCGGCUCUGUCUCCACCCGCGCGGCCACCUCGCGCGGGUCACCUCCCCGACCUGGGCCUGGCUUGGCCCUUCCGGCGCUCAGUUCUGAAAGCCCUCGGGCCUCAGGUCCCGGCGAGGUACCCGGGAGGGAGCGGGGACAGAUGCGCCAGCCCUCCUGCGGCGGAGGCGGGGCAGGGUUGCGGGCCCGCGGGGCUGGGCGGCCCUGCGGAGGCGGGACUCGCAGCAGGACCCAGCAGAGGCUGCACAUGCGAGGCGAGGUCUGAGCGCCCCGCGUCUCACAGCUGCCUCGCUUUCAAGUGGAAUACUCAGCUGGGGCCCCGACUCAGGCCAGCCUUGCGGAAAGAAGGAACGAAAAUGGGUGCUCCUUAAGUGGAGGCAGGCAGCCUGGACCGCGACCUCUGGGAGAGCAUGGUGACCCCCUGGCGCUUCUCUGUCAGGGUCUGCUUGUCGCACCUAAGGGGCUUGGAGCUCAGAAAGGACUUCGGCCUUCUGAGACCCUCUGGGUGCUGUCGCAAGGCUAGACUUUGUUGGCUUCUGCUUGGCACUUUGCCCAAACUCAUCUCAGCCUCUGAGGACAUUGGCAAGGGGGCCCCUGAGAGCUUGUGUCGGCAAAGGACCAGUUGGAGUGACCUGGCUGAAAACGGGCCACUGGAGACAGUCCCCCCGGAGCGGCGGCUAGGCUGCCUCCUUCUGCACUUGCGGAUCUGGCUCCGGGCGGGGGCGCUCUUGGUGAAAUUCUUCCCCCUCCUUCUACUCUACCCCCUCACCUACCUGGCUCCCAGUGUCUCCAGGCUCUGGCUCCACCUGCUUCUGAAAGCCACCGAGACCUCCGGGCCAACGUACAUCAAACUCGGCCAGUGGGCCAGCACCCGGCGUGAUCUCUUCUCAGAGGCUUUCUGUGCGCAGUUCUCCAAGCUGCACGUCCAGGUAACGCCCCAUCCUUGGACCCACACUGAACACUUCCUACGGCAGGCCUUCGGAGAGGACUGGGGGAGGGUCCUUUGCUUUGAGAAGCAGGAGCCUGUGGGUUCCGGCUGCGUGGCCCAAGUGUACAAAGCACGUGCCAAUCCUGCCUUCCUGGAGAAUGACAGCAUCCGGAGACUGGCCACGGUCUCCAGACUGCAGCUUUCUUCGGAAGCUGGGAAAGUCCAGGGGCUGGGAGAGCUCCCUGGACACUUGGGGAAGGCGUGGAGGCCUCACGGAAGUCUUGCCGACCAGUCAUUUCUAGAAAGGCUGCUCUUCCCUAAAGCUGACCUGGUUGGAUCAAAUGCAGUCUUGUCUCAGGCUUCGGGACUCCCCCAUGGACCACAACCAGAUCACCUCAUCCCCGUGGCCGUGAAAGUGUUGCACCCUGGCCUGCUUGCUCAGGUGCAGAUGGACCUGCUGCUGAUGAAGAUGGGCAGCCGAGUCCUUGCACUUUUGCCAGGAAUCAAGUGGCUCAGCUUGCCUGAGAUUGUGGAGGAAUUUGAGAAGCUCAUGGUGCAACAGAUCGACCUGCGUUAUGAAGCUCGGAAUCUAGAACACUUCCAAUGCAACUUCCUGAAUGUGAACUCUGUCAAAUUCCCCACCCCUCUGCGUCCCUUUGUCACCAGGGAUGUCUUGGUGGAAACGUAUGAAGAGAGUGUGCCUGUGUCUAGUUACCAGCAAGCAGGGAUUCCCGUGGACGUGAAGAGGAAGAUUGCGCGGCUGGGGAUCAACAUGCUCCUGAAGAUGAUAUUUGUGGACAACUUUGUCCAUGCGGACCUUCACCCUGGGAACAUCCUGGUCCAGGGCGCCGACGGUCUUCCCAAGAGCCAAGAGGCGCAGCCUCAGCAGGUAGAUGUCUGUGACGCACUGGCGGUGGCUGUGACGCCUGCCCGGUGCCCGCUGUGCCUGGUGCUUCUGGACGCCGGCAUUGUGGCCGAGCUGCAGGCUGCCGACCUGAGGAACUUCCGGGAAGUCUUCAUGGCCGUGGUGAUGGGGCAGGGCCAAAGAGUGGCUGAGCUCAUCCUGCAUCAUGCCCGGGCCAGUGAGUGCAAGGAUGUGGAGGGAUUUAAGGCUGAGAUGGCCAGGCUGGUGACCCAGGCCAGGAAGAACACCAUCACCCUGGAAAAGCUUCAAGUUUCCAUCCUUCUCUCGAAUGUCUUUAAGUUGCUGAUGACUCACAAGGUAAAGCUUGAGAGCAACUUUGCCUCAAUUGUGUUUGCCAUCAUGGUGUUGGAGGGGCUUGGCCGCUCACUGGACCCUAAACUGGACAUCCUGGAGGCAGCAAAGCCCUUCCUUCUGCAAGGACUAGCGACCUCCCACUGACUGCAGCAGUGGGUGCUUCAUCUCAGCUGGAGGCCACUCCCAACAGCCUCUCCUGUGGCAGCUUGAACAUUCUAGAAUUGGGAUUGUGGAAGACCUGCCACUGCUUUUCACUCCAGUUUGGUUUCAGGCAUCUGUUUUAAAAGCUUUGGGUUAGUUGGGGAAGUAAAGGGAAAGAAGGUCCUCUCAGUUCAGUCGUGGAAGCUGGGCCUGGUGUCAGGGAGACUCUAUUUCAGGGAAAAUGUUCUCUGAAGGAGGACGAAUAAACUUACUUUGUUUUCUGGU